ACAGUACAUACCCAUAAACCUUUGUUCUUUCUUCAACGUUCAACGCUCUAUUUCGAGAUGUCUCAAGACAACUGAGAGAAGAAAUUUGAUGGCAACCAGCCAACCAAUCUUUUCCUACUUAACCCACUGCAAUUAACCAGCCCAUUUGUGUUACACGUCCACGUGCUCAAUAGCAAAUGGCCUCAAUCAGGCAUGAUGUUCAGUUUGUGGAUGAGCACAGAGCACAGCUCAUUGAGAAGGUCACCAAUGUUAUGCCCCUGGCUGACAGACUGCACUCCAAGGGCAUGCUACAUGCGGAAGCCUAUAAUGAAAUCCAGGCAGAAAGAACCCCAGAGAUGAAAAUGAGGCGCAUUUUUAAUGCUGUGUCUGGAGUGAACCAAACAAAGGCUCUUCUAUACAAAUUGCUGCAAGAGCUUGAACCACAUCUGAUGGAAGAGCUGGAAAACAACACUGGUACUCAGAAAAGGCAUUUGCUGUCUAUUUCUGGUGCUUCUAGUGAGAUCCAGGAGAAAAGAGGGAGGUUCCCAGGUCAAACUAUCAGUGAGUACAAGGAGACACUGCGCACAGAUAAUGACACAUUUGAGGAGUAUAACUCCCUUCCUGGUGAAGAAGUUCCACUGACUGAUCGCUACACAAAACUGCUGAUUGUUCAACGGCACCGUAAGGAGGAGGAAAAAGUGGAGGAGCUUCGUUCCAGGGGCCAGGAGCACAAUGAGGUCCUCAGCUCCAGAUGUGAUGAAGAUGGCAGCAGCACCAGUGUUGAACAGCUGUUCCAUCCUGAUGAUCGUGGACGCAUUCCAAAAGCAGUCAUUCUCCAGGGUGAUUCUGGACAUGGCAAAACCUUUACGGUUCAGAAGAUUGUUUACGACUGGGCUUGUGGGAACCUCUUCCAAGGACAAUUUGAGCUUGUGCUUCACUUGAAUUGUAAAGAGCUUAAUCUUUUGUCAGGGGAGAAGAAUCUGAUGCAGCUCCUGGAUUGCAGCUCUGAGUUUGCACCUGUGAUUGAGGAAAUGCUGUUAAACGCACCACAGAAAGUACUCUUCAUUAUUGAUGGCUUUGAUGAACUUAAAUUCUCACUGGAUGACAACACAAAGGUCCCUUCUGAUGCCUUCACGUCUGCUCCAGUUGAAGCCACCCUGAGUGCUUUGUUGCAAGGGCGCAUCCUGCACAAAUCGUUCCUUCUAGUCACCACCAGGUCCACAGCCUCAGACAAACUGAGCAAGCUACUCCGAUGCCCAAAGCGUUUCACUGAGAUUCUGGGCUUCUCAGAAGCAGCAGUCAUGGAGUAUUUCAAAAGGUUCUUUACAGACACCAAGUUGUCAGAUGAAGCAUACAAGUAUGUGAAGGCAGACAUAAUGCUCUCUACUGCCUGUUCCAUCCCUGUUAUAUGUUGGAUCGUCUGCACAACCUUCAGGGAGUAUUUUGAGGACAGCAAGGGGAAUAUGAAGGGGCUUGAAACCACCACCUCCAUAUUCUUACAGUUUGUGUCCCAUUUGCUGAAGCAUCACUGUCAGGGCUUAAAUCAGCCUGCCAUCACUCUGCUGAGGAGCCUUGCCAAGCUGGCAGAGAGGGGAAUACUAAAGAAGCAAGUUCUGUUGGAGGAGAAGUGUGUUUUGGAGGCUUCAUCUGAUCCUACAAGCAUUCCGUUUUUACACAAGUUCCUCAGGAAGAAGAAAACUGGAGUGAAGACCAUGUACAGUUUCAUGCACCUCAGCUUCCAGGAGUUUUUCACUGCUCUCCACUACCUUAUCACUGAUGAUGAAAAAGCUCAAAGAAAGCUUGAAAAGAGGCUUCCCUAUAGUUAUCACACGUUCACUGAUGAGCUAGACGAACUUAAACUUCCAGACAUGUACUACAGUGACUUUCUUCAUGUAAUCACAUUCCUCUUUGGUCUUUGUAAUAUGGAGGGAACAAAGUUCAUUGAGCAACAUUACAACAUUUCUGUCUCACCAACCAUUCGUGAUUCUCUGGAGAAAUGGAUCCUAGAAAUAACUGCUGAUGAGGAUCAUCCAUUGCGUCAUAGUGAUUUUAUCCUUCGCUGUCUUUAUGAGCUACAUGAUGAGCAGGUUGUGCAGAAGGUCAUUACAUCUUGGGGAUUUAUUGAUAGGUCUCAGUAUUUUGAAAGUGACAUGAUCUGUUGGAUGCUUAGAUAUUGCAUCCUCUGCUGUCAUCGUAUCAAAGGUCUUGCUAUUUCUGUGGACAACACAGAAAAGCUCAAGAUGCUUCAACCUGCAUUGCCCUGCUGUGAGGAACUAAGGUUGACACUUUGUGAUCUGAAGGAUGCUGAUGUUGACAGUGUGAUUUUAUCCCUGGAGGGCAGAACAGUUGUCACUAAGCUAAGAAUAAUUAGAAGCAAUCUCAGUGAACAGAGUUUCCAACAGAUUCUCACUCUUAUGAGUGACCAAAAUUCACUGGAAAAUAUUUCACUAUCAGUGAAGACCAUCACCUCUAGUGUUGUUGCUGCCUUUGUACAAUUUGUACACCAGAAAGAGAUUAAUGAGGCCGAACUCAAGUCCGGUGAUGAGGACAGUUGCUACUCACAUUUCUCCAUCAAGGGAACCAAGGGAUCAAGCAGGAGCUACAGGUUCAAACUGUGUGGCCUGGAGGAUGAUGGUGUCGAUGGUGGGAUCUCAGCCCUGGAUGAAACAACACUGGUCACAGAGCUAACAAUAAUUAGAAGUCGUCUUAGUGAACAGAGUUUCCAAAAGAUCCUCACUCAACUCAGUAACCAACAUUCACUGCAACAUAUUUCACUAUCAGUGAAGACCAUCACCUCCAGUGUUGUUGCUACAUUUUUACAAUUCAUCCAAAACAAAGAGAUUGAUAUACCUGUUGUCUGUUAUAGUGAGGCCGAGCUUGAGUCCUGUGAUAAGGGCAGUUGCUGCUCAUCUCUUCUUAUUCAGAGAGACAAGGAGGGUAACAGGAGCUACAGCAUCACUGCUGGAUACUUUUAUGAUCUCAAAUUUAUAAAUUCGGCUGUACUCAAUCCUUGGAGACCACAGACAACACGUAAGAACACCCCUAUGCCAGAACCUGCCCUCUCCCUCAGCUUCUCAGAAUCCACAGAGACCUCAGGCGCUGACUGGAUUGGCAUAUUACAAAGGUUUCACACAUUAAAAAAUGUAACCCAAAGCAGUCCUGAAUUCCCUGGGGAAAUGGAAGCUUUGCUGUCUUCUCUGCACUCCACACCUCAUCUGACUGCAUUGGACGUAGCGGUGACCUGUUUGGACAUGAGCUGGGCUGUUUGGACUCUCUCACUCUACCACACUUGCCCUGGUUUGGCUGUCAGGAUGACGGAGCCGACCUGGGGCAAUGAACAAAGUGUCUGUUCGCAUAUGUCCAUAAAAAAAAACAUACUCUCUUUGGAAAACUUCACUCUUUACUCAGAUGAGAGUAUUCAAGACUCCACACCCCCACCAGCCUUCAGCACCAUCACACUCACGCUACCACAGUCAUGGGAGAUGUCCAGCUUUGACUGGAAAGACAUCGUGCUGAAGCUUCACCAAGUGAAAAACAACACAGAAAAUCCAACACUAGAUGAGUAUCAGGGUGCUUUACUCACUUCCCUGCACAGUCUCCCUAUUCAGAAGCUUUUUAUGGAAGUGCCCUGCCUUACAGACACUUGGGCUCAAGGAAUUGUCUCCCUCAUUCAGAUGUGUCUCACCAUAAAACAGUUACACCUGCAUGUGGGUAAGCCUGGUUUUCCACGUCGCUUUUUACUAGAGAGUCCAGUUCAACUGUUAAAGAACUCCAAACUACGUUCAGAUUGCACUCUUAUGGUUGAGGGUGUCCGAUGCAAGAAGACCACAGAUCAGUGCACAGAUGAUAAGAACCAUCCGCGCUGCAACCGGCGUAUGAAAAUCACGAUUGAGGGAGAAGCUGUGCAAGAGGAUUGGACAGGUGUAUAUGACUUUAUAUAUGACCUUCGUGACUCUAUGGAGUCUCUUAUAAAUGCUUCUGAUUAUGGAGAAGAUUAUGAGAGUUAUGAGUAUGAUGAUUGCAACACUGUCUGGGACAGUGAUGAUAACACCAUGGCCAGACCACCUGAAGAUGAGCAGGGUGGAGAUGAAGACGCAGGGUAGAUGUUCUCCCCAGUCCCCACACAUUUGUUUUUUGCCAAGGAGUUUAUCUCCUCAUUUACUGAAACACACACACACACAAAUAUUAUAUGAAAAUGAAACACAUAAUGCACACACUCAUGCAUACAGAAGCAUUUGCUUUCUCUUUUUAUCUCUUCUGCUGAACAUUCAGGCUGCAGUAUGCCAUGUCCAUUUUCAUUACAUUGUUGUCAAUAUACUGUAAAUGUUGAAAAUAAAAUCUAAUGUUUAUUGCUAUACAGUUUCUGGAGAUUGAGCACCUACCAGCAACUUCAUUGUCACAGUGACCUAAGAGUGUCUUUUCCCAGUUCCCUGAGCUGCAGUGACAACAGCAGCAGUCUGGUGUAUUCUAGU